AUGAGACCCUAUCGGUUUUAUUCAACUCGCAAGGUUUUGCCAAGGAAUCCAUUCAAGGACAAAAAUGUUACGGAUGUGGUACCGUCGCCUGGGCAGAUGAUUCAUUCAUUUUAUUCGCCAAGCCUCACUGAGGAACUAACUACUUGCUUUACAGAGAAGUAUCCGUCCCUUCUUGGAGGAAAACCAAUUAUGCCAGCUCUCGUAAGGGACCCAAAGACUCAGGAAGCUCGAUUGCAAAUGAAAUCGCUAACAUUUAAGUCGGUACGAGGUGUUGUCGACUGGCUUGAAACCUUUAGAUCAAUGAGAAGUAGUGACUCAACAUAUGAGGUUAUGGAAGAUAGGAUGAUAGCUGAUUUGGUCAAACCUAGUAAACUUACAAGGGUCAAUACACCUUUGGUAUCUCAGUUACGUGAACUCUUUGGGUCUCAGGAAAGUCGAAAGAUCAAUUCAAGAACUUUGAACGCUAUGGUAGAGCAGUUUGUCAAUGAUCGCGAAUUGGGGGUUUUCAGCGAAGAUGUUUACUUGUAUUUGCUUCAGCAUCAUGUUAAUUCCCCAGAAAAAAUUAUAUCGAUCAUUGAAUCAAUCAAACUUCAUUUGAAAUCGCAUAUUGAUCAGUUCAGUGUCGUUGAAGCUCUUGUAUUGCAAAUCCUGGUAUCUUUAAAGAAAAACGAGUUGCAUUUAUCUGAGCUAUUAGUCAACUCCUUCAAUGAUUUACUUUCAGAGAUUAACAAUCGUUUUCACAUACCAAACUGUACCACCCAAUUCCAGCCAAUUGUUGCGCAAGAGAUUCUUGAGCUCUAUAUCAAGAUGCGUAAGUUUACGGAAAGUAAAAGAUUAUUCAGUUAUCUGAUCUCUAAGAAAUUUUGUCCCUCAGAUAGAGUUACCGUUUCUUACUUGAAGACAUUGAGUGAGGAAGUUCCCAGGGAUACAUUGAAGGAGUUUGCAUUAAUCUCUGAUUUCCGUCCCAUCAUUGAGCGUGCUCAAAACCCCAAAAUUUUCUAUUAUUUGAUACCGCUUUGCAGACAUGUCGAUGAAGCGACAAGCUUACUCACCAUUAUAAAGACGUCCAGAAACGUAAAAGAAAUUCUGGAUGUCAAUAUAACGUCAUUCAUAUCCAGGAUCACAACUUUAAAAAAUGAUCCAAUGAUCACAUCUGCCACACUUUGCACACUUUACCGUAUGGCAUCUCCAUUUUAUCAUCAAAAAUUGCCUGAAAAGAUUUCCAAUGCAUUUGUACUGGCAUUUAGUCGCUUGGCAAAUUACACAAUGGCUGCGUCAAUAAUGAAAAGGGACACAGUCAGUUCAUCAGGCCAUCUUCUAAAGACAAUCGUCUCGAAUUUGGAAAGAGGAAAAAAUAAUAAAAUACCAGCAACAAAUCCCAUCUAUGAAGAGGUAUUCAUCGAGAGGUACCUGAUACCAAUUUACAAUCGCAUGAACUUGACUUCGAAAUUAGAUUUUAUUGCACAGGUCCACUCUCUAUCGAUGUUGUCUGCAAUGCUUACGUCAGAGGUUUCUCAUGGAAGCAACAUACAUUUCGAUCUACUGAGGAAGAUUCUAAAACAUGGGUUCAAGAACAACUUACUCUCGGAGGUUCCAAGAAAUACGUGGGAAAAGGUUCUGGGUCAGGUCGAAUUAAAAUCUGUAUUAGAGGAAUACAAGCUCAGUCCGAAAACCCUACUGAAUUGUUAA